AUGCUCCCACCAUUCACAUUCGCAUGGGUCACGCUAGCAGUCUUCGCUGUCGCCAGUACAUACUCGUCUCGGAUCUCGAGUAUCACCGGCAACGAGGUGCUUCUCGCGGGCAGAGGUGGCUGCAGCAUGCUUGAGUUCACGGCGGGGAGCGGGGCUGCUGAACUCGUCUUCUACCUCCCGCCUAUAUCGAGCGCCCUGUCCGCGAGCACCGAGUAUGUGCAGCAGUGCUACUCCGGCAACAGCAGCGGUGCGUGUGGAAACUUCGUGAGAAGCAGCAUCCCCACGAAGGUCAAUCAGACCGCAGCUUGCCCGUUCGACCCCAAGAUCUGCAAGACCCAGGACUCCAACAUUCUGCUCGAUACCGGAUAUCUCGAUACCCGAGACGAUUUUGGCAUAAAUCUGAAGAAAACCGGGCGGUUUUCGUACCGGCGUGUGCUGCAUUGUGCUCCAUUAGUCACGGAGGGAUACCAAGCUAAAUUGAGCGACAUCAACGCCAGCGCUGUACGGCAAGACGAUGAAAUGUUUUAUUUCUACGGGAACACCGUGUUACACAACUAUACGCAUAGACACCCAAUCGGAAAAUGGUGGAAGAACUUUUUGCAAGAAGAGCCGGGUUUUACUGUUACAACGAUAGGUGCCACGACUCUCAAUGGGAGCUGGAUUAAGGGCAGUCUGUGGGGAUGGGAGCCGAUCGAAGAACUGCGCCGACCGGAUUCCGAAGUUUUCAUCGUUUUCCUGUCCACCAACCGUUAUCCAUUCGUUGGCAACUCGAGCGACAUAUGGUACUCGGCCAACACCCCCGUUCCCGACGAAGAUUCCAAAUGGACCACCGUCCCGCUUUAUCAAAGCGACGAAGCCGCAUCUCCUUUGGGCUGUGCAGAGCAGCAUCAAUACUGCAACCCAUCCCUGCCCGACGGGGAGAACUGCACGCCGCUCUUCGGGUCCGUGGACAACGUCAACUUUUCGAUGCUCUGGCCAGACUAUUCCGAGUUCCACAUAGCAGGAUGGUUCGCGAAUAUCCCGAUCAGCUUGGAUACUCGCACUAUGAUGAUCACUUCGAUGGUGAAGGCGGGGUCGUUGGAUUCGCACUCGGGAAACGGAUGGGGCUUGCAAGGCAAGAUCGCGGACGACCAGUGGCAGUUGGACGUUCAGAAGUGGCACAACAUAUCGUUGGCCAGAAUUCAACAGCGGUUCGUCGAUACGACGACGGGCUCGUCGGAUCCUACCCUGCGUGAGAUGCUGUACCCGCCGCCCGACGAAGAUUAUCGCGCACAGUCAUGUCACAGCCAGCUCGUCCGCAGCACCGCCUACACCAACUUCUCCAUCCUCGGCCUGACCAUCAUCUUCGCCGUGGGCGGCCUCAUCAUCCUCCUCUCCUGGCUCCUCGAGCCUCUCACCGCUUGCGUCCAGCAGCGCCGCCGCCGCCGCCGCCGCCGCCGCCACCACAACCAGCAGAAACACACCUACUCCCGCAUCGAGUGGAACGUCAACGACACCCUCCAACUGCAGCGGCUCGCGCACGAGGAAGCCGGCUUCGGCUCGUGGCGCCACUGCGACGAGGGCGUCCCCGUCACCAAGCGCGGCGAUCAGCUCGGCGUGAUAGAUAUGGAGGAUCUGGCGCAUCCGAGGCUGAAGGCGCCGCCGCCGCUGCCGGCGCAGUUGGAGGAAGUUGCGCUGGAGGAUGUGGAUGGGGUUAGUGUUCUGCUGUGGCUGUUGAUCGCAUAUGUCAAGAUCAAGAGCCUUUUGAGGAUAUCCCCCCAACCGAGUGAUUAUUCCUCAAUCUCCUCCCUUUGGCAACAACCAUCCGACGCGGUGCCUCUUAUCGAAUUUUUCUCCGAUCGCAACCGCAACUCCGAGGUCAAGCCUCUCCCUUGCCACUCGCACAAUGAUUACUGGCGCAAGGUUCCGCUCUUCGACGCUCUCGCGUACGGCUGUGCCAGCGUCGAAGCCGACAUUUGGCUCCCACUGCCGCCGGCCGAGGACCGCGUGGAGUUUGGGGAGAAGAUCGUGAACAUAGAACUACAGGUUGGCCAUGUCCGAGACGAGCUGACGGUCGACCGCACGCUGGACAGUCUUUAUCUAGCCCCGCUCUUUCGCAUGUUCUACGAGCGGACCUCGCCCGACGACGGGUCCACCAGCGGCAUCUUCGAGUCUUCCCCAUCCACGACUCUCGUCCUCCUUCUCGACUUCAAGUCCUCCACGGACCCGUCCGCAGUCUGGCGGGCGCUACAAAUCCACCUGGUCACCUUCCGAGAGUUCGGCUGGCUGACUCACUGGGACCGUGAGCAGAAUAGACGGAUCACCAGACCUCUGACGAUCGUUGUGACGGGCGAUGCGCGAUUCGAGGAUGUUAUCGCAUCGCCCUACAGAGAUGUGUUCUAUGAUGCGCCCUUGGAAAAGCUCGCCACCGACAGCCGCUAUAACGCGUCAAACUCGUAUUAUACAAGCGCUUCACUAGGAGCGCUGGUAGGGAAGGUUGGGCUGGGACGUAGCCUGAACGGUGCCCAGAUGAAUAAAUUGGAACAUGCGACGGGUCUCGCGAAGGAGAAGGGCUUGGUUUCAAGGAUCUGGGGCACGCCGUCAUGGCCGAUAGGGACGAGAAAUAGGGUGUGGGAGCAGAUGCUAGAAGUAGGUGUUGAUGUGCUCAACGUGGACGAAUUCGAGACGGCCACGAAGAAGGACUGGCGAUUGUGCAAGGUUGCAGGGGUUGACCUAUGCACAUAG